UGUUUUUUCUGUCUUUCUGUUUUAAAAAAAAAAUCAAAGUUGGCAGAGCCGCUGAAGACGCUUGAAAUUCUAGAGGAGAAUAUAAGCCACAGAAAUUAUUUCGGUGCAGCCAGAGAAUUAAGAAAGCUGCAGCAAAAGAUCAAAAAUAUCCUGGAUGACUGGAUGGAGUAUUAUCGAAUGGCUUUGGGAACUGACUCAGACAUUCACAAAAUGCCUGAUCUUACUCCAAGAACCUUAAGAAAAUGCCAGAAUCAGUCUGUACAUAUUCCCUUGGCUAACUCAACUGUAUGGAGACCACAGGAAGAGAGGAGAGAGGAGAGUACAGCUGCCAAGUCAGAAAGCCCACUUCUGCUGGAUUGUUUCCAGUUAGCUCCUGCUUGCAACAUGCAGUGGGAGCCAUCACCUUAUUCUCCAAGAGUUUCCACGUUACUAACCAGCAGUAUCAAUGUAGAUGCAACACAUGUGACUCAGUUCAAUUUAAAUAAAAGCACACUUAUAUUACAGAACUUCUACAGUUCAUGUGAUAAUGUAUCCAUUAGUGCUUGCCCUGCUGUCCUUCGGAGAAGAAUGAUGGGGCAGGAAGGAAAGAUAUGUAGGUGCAGUAAUCAUCAGAUGCCAUGUGUGUCAGACCUGGAGUACGAUCAUCUUAUUAACAACCAGAUGUCUUCCCAGGAACAAAUCUUAGUGGUCUGUAUAUCUUCUUCAUUGCAAACAAAUGAGGAUCCUAGUGAAGACGAAUUAGAGCAGCUAUAUGAUAAAAAGAACAGGAACAGAAGUAUGCCUUGUGUUCAGGGUCGUCUGGACUCCUUCCGCCUCCUUAAAUAUGACAUCACCACUGCAGAUGAAUUUACAGGUCAUAAAGGCUCAUUAUUGGUACAAAGGCAUAAUGUUGCUCCUGGCAUGUUUUUGAUGUACAUUCAAGGAAAGCUUCUUUUUGCCAACUAUAUUUUCAAUGGAUACAGCAAGUCCGUGAAAGACCUUCAAAAACAAAUAGCUAAGACCAGGAGUGAUUACCGCAUGGGCUACUGUUUACCGAAAGAUUUCAAAUUCAGUUCAUAGCUCCAGGGGUGCUCCAGAAGUACCAAGCAGAGAACAGCAGCUGAAAGUUCAGUUUUUCUCAAGCAAUCUGAGCAUGUGGCCUGGAGGUUAAGUUAACACAAGCUCUGAAAGACUGUCUGUCGUUGUACAGAAGACUCCCAAAUCAGAGAGUGAAGCAGGAAUGGGAGUGAAAAUAAAAUCAACCAUUUACAAUACAUGCUAUGAAGCAGUCAUUGGGAACCAUCUCUUACUCUUCUUUUAUUCAAACUGCAGUAGUAUCCCAGAGCCACAACUGGAUCAGAAUCACAGGAUAGUAGCUACAAGCACAAAUGCCCCUAAGCCCCAACAGUGAUUAACCUUUAUGUCUUAUGUGGUGUGAUCAUUGUCUAUUUAGUGCUCCUGCUGAUGGCUUGGAAACAGAAACCAAAAAAUAACAAUUGCACACUGAUGACAAAAGGACGUGGGAUAAUUCCCCCACCUCCCUCAAUACAGUGAGGAACUCUUUGUAUAGUAAAUCUUAGCUAACUCUCAGACAUAUCAGAACAGUGUCUCUCUUUUUAUAUGCUUGCUUAGCUUGUCCUGCCAAUAAAAGCCUUAUGGAGCUGAACUGAACAAUGGCAGAAAAUAGUAGCUAAUCAGAUUACAGUUGUAUUUUCACUCAAGGAAACCUGUGUAUACCUAAAACAAAUACCGGAGAAGUAAAGAUCUAGGUAUUAGAUAUGGUAGUUAAUACACCCAGAUUGGUUUACCUCUGCUUCCAUGAAGUCAGAGGCAAACUCUUACUGAUUUGAAUGGGGGCAGAAUUAUGCCAACACAGCUUUUUUAACACCCCCACCCCUUUAAGCAACUGGAGAGGUUAUCUUUGCCUAUGGUAGGCUCGAUUUAUGCCCUUAUCUAAACUAUUAUUUUCCUAAGUACUUCCUACCACUGCCCAAUCGCUAGUGCAUCACAGAUGUAUAUGUGUAAAGGGUCUGUGCUAGUACAGGCAGACUACUGAUGAGAGUCAUCUAGAACAGUUCUUAGCAUGACACAUUUGUUAGAUUAGUGACAUCUGAUCUACAGUUACAACUUUAUUGUUGCUGUCACUUACGGCAGUGGAACAGUAGGAUAUUUUUGGAAAAGUGCUGACAUAGAGACAGCCUACAAGGUGCUUGAGUGUGAAUGUUAGUAUGUCCAUCCAAACUAGAGAAAAGCCUGUACGAGGAAAUGUUGGGAAGAGAAAUGCCACACAAAGUUUCUGAAGCAGGGAAGAUCUAAGUAACAGUCCUGUAAUGUCUAUUAAGCAUGAGCAAGCUGAUUCAAGCUGAUUCAGAUAAAUUGCAGACAUCCCCCAAGCAACUGAGGCUGAACCUUCUGGAUUUCAACUCCUAAUACCCUCUCCCUCUUUUUUGCACACGACUGUGUUUUUAGCGGUUGGGGCAGGAAAGAAGGCAUGUUACCAUGAAACUCAUAGUGUUUUCAGCCCAAAUGAAACCACAGGCAGUGGAAGGGAGUGCUAAUGGGGCUUAGCCCCCCCCCAAAAUAUGGGGCAGAGGUAGGGCUGAAAGGCAGCCUGGCCUUGGGUUUCUGGCACUGCAGCAGGGGUGGGGAAGGAUGUGCAUGC